CACAUACACUCAACAACCGCAUGGACUCUUCAACCUCAGUUAUGACAUGAAAUGAAACCAAACAGAGUCUUUGAUUUUUAGGAAUCUCUCCCUAUUUUGCAUCGCCGGCACUUUACCUUAAUUUACAUCUCCAAUCCUAAUCCAAAUUACCAAUAUUCCUUAUCUUUUAUUUUCACUCACACUUUAUAUUUACACUUCACUGAAUAUAAGUAAAUAUAAAUUGCUUGUCACAUUCCACGAAUUGGGGUUUUCAGUGAGUCAACUCGAUGGUGUUCUUGAUUUUAGUUGGCUGAGUUGGAGAGAUCUUAAGUUUUGUUGGGAUUUUUAUUUUUUUUUUGAUGAUGGGGUUGUUUGGUUUUCAUCAAAAUCAUAGCUUGGCUGUGCUUAUGCUCUUUGCUUGUUUCAUGUAUCAGAAUUUGAUCUUGUCUUGCUCACUUAAUCAAGAAGGUCUGGCUUUGCUGAAAUUUAAGGAGAGAGUGGUGAGUGAUCCAUUUGGGGCUUUGUUGAAUUGGUCUGAAAAAGUUGGGGCUGUUGAUCCGUGUUCAUGGUCUGGUGUUGAGUGCGCAAAUGAAAAUGUUGUGGCCUUGAACCUGAAGAAUCUCCGUCUUGGAGGAACAAUAGCACCUGAUCUUCGAAACUUGGUUCAUCUCAAGUCAAUCAUACUACGCAAUAAUUCAUUUUCAGGAACUAUUCCCAAAGAGAUUAGAGAACUCAACGAGUUGGAGGUUCUGGAUUUGGGGUACAAUAGAUUGAGUGGAUUACUUCCAUCUGACCUUAAUCUUCAACUCUCAGUUCUUUUACUAGACAACAAUGAGUUUACUGUCAUACCCUCUGAAAUUGAUGAGAUAAAGCUGCUUUCUGAAUUUAAAAGAAAUGGGAUACCGCUGUCUAGUAGAAGAUUGACCUCAUGGAAAACUGCUAUGGAUGGACACAUUACUCAAAGAAAGCUGCUUGCCUCUCAGCCUUUUUUUAAGUGGCUUAUACCGUCUUUGCCAUCAGAUUCUCCGUUGGCUUCACCUUCGCCCUCUUUGCAGUCUCCUUUAUCUUCGCCUUCACCCUCUCCUGCACCUUCAGCUGUAACAGAUACAAGACCGACUUCUCCUAGUGUCUUUGCAUCUUCGCCUUCACUUGUGGAAUCAGCUGAUUCUCCUGCUAAAAGCCCAACUACGUCACAUGAUAGUUCGAAAUCGAAUUAUCAUCGGCACAAAUUCUUAAUACUCUUUGCAGCUGUAGGGGGUCCUGUGUUUUUGAUUCUUCUGGCUAUUGUAAUAUAUUUCUGUAGAAGCAAAGUAUCCGUUGUUAAACCUUGGGCCACCGGAUUAAGUGGGCAGCUGCAGAAAGCAUUUGUAACUGGUGUGCCAAAGCUUAAAAGGGCGGAGCUUAAUGCAGCCUGUGAAGAUUUUAGCAAUGUGAUUGGUUCUUCCUCAAUGGGAACAGUGUAUAAAGGAACACUGUCCAGUGGUGUUGAAAUAGCUGUGACUUCUCUUAUAGUAGCAUCUGCCAAUAAUUGGCCAAAAAAUAUGGAAUCACAGUUCAGGAAGAAGAUUGAUCAACUAUCAAAAGUAAAUCACAAGAAUUUUGUUAACCUUAUUGGAUAUUGUGCGGAAGAGGAGCCCUUCACGAGAAUGAUGGUUUUUGAGUAUGCUCCUAAUGGAACAUUAUUCGAGCACUUGCACAUAAGUGAAGCAGAGCACUUGGACUGGGGGAUGCGGAUGAGGAUUGCAAUGGGUAUGGCAUACUGCCUUGAGCAUAUGCACCAACUAAAGCCACCCAUGAUUCACAAAAAUCUGAGCUCUUCAGCUGUAAAUCUCAGUGAAGACUAUGCAGCGAAAAUAUCUGAUUUUGGUCUUUGGAAAAGAUCUGCUGCAGCAACUGAGAUGCAAUCAAAUACAGAAUCUAACGUCUAUAGCUUUGGUGUCAUAUUGUUUGAACUGAUAACUGGUAAGCUCCCUUAUUCGGUGGACAGUUUAGCACUUCAGGAUUGGGCCUCAGAUUAUCUGAGAGGACAACCACCACUUAGAGAGAUGGUGGACCCAAUUUUGACUUCUUUCAAAGCAGAGCAGCUCGAAAAAUUUGAUGCAGUAAUAAAAUGGUGCUGCUGCCCCAACCCAAAACAAAGACCAACAAUGCGGGAAGUCACCGUACAACUCAAAGAUAUAACAGGAAUAGGUAAUGAUGGAGCUGUCCCAAAGCUUUCUCCCCUUUGGUGGGCGGAGCUGGAAAUAAUGUCAAACGAGUCCAUUUAAUGGAUGAAGUUGAUUUUCAUUGCAAGAAUGAUCCAACUAGCAUUACUCGCCACACUCUUGGUCUCGGCCGCCUUCUCAGACAUCUCAGCUUCCAAAGAAAUCCAGAAUGAAUCAUCAAAAACCAAAGUCAUCGACGUAGUUGUCGAGGGAAUGGUGUACUGCCAGAGCUGCAACAAGUUGGGAUCAUGGUCACUGACAGGAGCCAAGCCCCUAUCUGGCGCUAAAGUUGGCGUCAUCUGUGAAAACUCCAUGAACCGCGUAAGCUAUUACAAGACAUUUCAGACAGAUUCACAAGGCUAUUUUUACGCAGAGCUGGAUGGAUAUAAGAUGAAUCACUCGUUACUGGAUCAUCCUCUCCAGGCCUGUCAUGUGAAACUUAUUUCAUCUCCUCUUGCAAGCUGCGACGUCCUCACGAAUGUUAAUUAUGGAAUCAAUGGCGCUUCGCUUCAUUAUGAAAACAAGAGAUUGGUUUAUGAGAAUAUGAAGUAUGAAGCUCUGAUUUAUGCUUCAGCUCCACUGGCUUUCCGUCCAGCUCAGUGCACCUAACACUUGACCAUUAUCUAAGUUGCAAUUCUCUUGAUUUAAACGCUAAACUUUGUUAUUCUUUCAUUGCUUAUUUUUCGUAGUUUUUUUGGGCUCC